AUGAACUUCCUAUGUCGUUCGCGACCUUCCCUCCUUCACGCUCGCCGUUCCUUGCUGCCAUCCGGUAGUCGUGGCGUCUCGGGGCAGUUUGACCACCUCCCGCUCCCCCUUCCUUACGACAUAAAAGCUGGCCUGGGCAACUUUCUUCCACCUGCUGCUCUUGAGACUGUUGCUGUCGAGUACCAACUUGGCUUGUUGGCAAGGCUAACGGAUGAAGUGCGCCACACUGAAGAAGAUGGCUUCUCUGUAACACAAACUGUCAUUAGUACGGCUCCCCACCGCCAUAAAACGCUUGCAUUCAACUAUGCAAGCCUUGCCCUCAACAAUAGUUUCUUCUUGGGAAAUCUAACUCCCGACCCUGUUAUGUCCAGUGAAAACGCCAUCACCACCAACCUGGCGCGUCAGAUCCGCUCAGACCACGGGGGCGUCGACCAGCUCAAAUCCGCCUUCUCCGCUGCUGGGAUGGGAAUGUUCACGUCUGGCUAUGUCUGGUUUGUUACCGACAAAUAUGGAAGCACGUCUGUUAUCCCCACCUUCGGGCCCGGGACCCUGCUCGUGCGGUCACGCACCUACAUGGCCGAAGACCAUCCAACACUAUGGCACCGCCAGCCAUCAACUAGCCCAUAUACGUGGGAUCCCACCAGGCAAUUCACUCGGAAAUACCUAUCCAACUGGGGUGUCGACGGGAAAGGGACGAUACCUGACCUCAUUAACCCCAGACUACUCUCAAAAACGAUCCUCACUGCCGAGUCACAGCAAGCAAUGGCAGAACUAGAAAAGGAAGAGAACGAACGAACCCCUCCUCCUCCCAAACCAGCACCAUCUUACCAGAUGCGAUUCAUGCACACAAGUGCGCGGCUUCGACAAUCCAGCGAGGAGGACAAGCCAAACUUCAUGGCCCAACCGGCCAGUAUCCAUGGGCCAACCGAAGCCGCUCGUGAACUUGUCGUGAAACCCAAAAGCACUGCAGCAGCUUUACAUAUUGGGGAGGUAUUGUAUCCUCUCUUUUGCGUGUCUGUUCAUGAACACGCCUGGCUAUCAGCUGGAUAUGGGGUUUGGGGGAAGGAAGCGUGGUUACGCGAGUUUUGGAGUGUCCUCAACUGGAACAAAGUCAGCCAGGCAUAUGAAUCUAUUCUUAGUUCCAAGUAG